AAAGUUGGUAAAGGAGAACAGUAAAAAAAGAAAAAUGCUAUAUAAGGCUCGUUUAAACAAUUUUUUAAUUUUAACUUUUCUUCAAAGUACCUUUCUUCUAGUUGUACCAAUUUAUUAAAAAAAACAAAAACAAACAAACAAGUUCUAUAGACAAGUCAGAUUGUUUAACAAUCUCUGCUAACUCUCAAUUAAAUCAAACUUCAAGUAUUUCAGUUAAUUCUAGUCGUACAGAUUCACAGAAUCUAGCCUAUAAAGCACCAAUUUUAACCACAGAUACAUUUGAAAACCCUAAUAGCGAUACUACUACUACUACUACUACUACUACUAUUACUACUAAUAAUAGUAAUAUGGAUAAAUCUGCUUACUUCAAUACAAUCGGCAUGAUUCAACGCCUACUGGUGAAUACAACAAAUUCAGAAAUUCUAUUAGAUUUAAUCAAAAAGGCCUAUUCACUGGAGACUGAGCGGAGUGAUGAAAAACACCUGACAUUGUACAAUCUACUUGAAUUGUCAUCAAUCCUGCUAACAGACAAAUCAAAUCAUCCGUUGAAAUCAGAAUUAUUUUUUACGCCUCAGUCAAUUGCAUCAUCUACAGCAACAACAACAUUAUGGAAUAAUAACAUUUCAGGAAAUUAUCCUGUGAAUCCAAUGAAUACACUAGCUGAAAUGACGGGGUUGUGUAAUGUCAGUCAACAGUGUAUGUACAAUCCUAAUCCUGUCAUCAAUACUACUGUUAAUCCUGCUAAUAAUAGUAAUAACGAUUUACUCAUUUGGUUGCAGAAUUCUGCAUUACCAGAUAUUGGAAAUAAGACAGUCACAUUGUCUACUAACACACCAAUGAAUAAAACCGUUAGUCCAGUGAACACAUCGGGAAAUCCACCAAUUACCACUUCAGCUUUAUUCAGUAAUACUACUGCUAAUAAUAAUCAUUGUAUCAAUGACAAUAGUAGUAUAAAUAACCCUCUAAACAAGAUUAACGACGAAGUCAAAAGUAUAAGUCCCACUAGUAAUAAUAAUAAUAUGGUUAAUGCCAGUCAUAAUGACAAUAAUAAUAAUGAUAAUAAUAAUAGUCAGUUAGCUUAUUUAGCUAACCUAUUAAAUCUACAUAGUCGUCUAUCUGCUGACUGCCCAACAUCGAAUUGGUCAAACGAAUUACAACAACAGUAUGCCUUGAAUUGUUCAAAUCAGACGGGUUUAAAUAUGUCAACAGGGAUGACAACACCCACGGGAAUAGUUCCGUGUGAAAAUCGUUUAUUUAAAUCAUCAAGGCAUAAUGAUGUCAAAAAAAUAAGUCAUAAUAGUCAAGAGAAUCAAACAGAUGAUCCCUAUAAGGCGACAAAACAUCCCGCCAAUAAUCAUAAUAAUAAUAAUAUUGGCGUACAUAACGAUGACGAUGAUUAUGCGGAUGAAGAAAUGAGUGAAAGUGAAAGCUUGACAAAGAUGACUGAUUUUAUGUCAUCGAAUACGCGGUUAACUGAAUUUUGGUCGAAUGGAGUCGGUUCAACAUCAGACAGUCAAGCGCCAAAUGACAUAAUGAAUGACAAUGGCACCGAUGAUAGUAUGGAGUGUAAACAAGACUACAACUCAAAAUCUAUAUCCUUACAAUUUUUACGACGUAAAAAGAAAACACGGACUGUAUUCUCUAGAAAUCAAGUUUACCGACUGGAGUCAACAUUCGCUAUGAAACGUUAUCUAUCUAGUUCUGAACGUGUCGGCUUAGCUAGGACAUUACAGCUGACAGAAACACAAGUCAAAAUAUGGUUUCAAAAUCGUCGUAAUAAAUGGAAACGUCAAAUUGCUAUUGACUAUAAACCAACAACAAAUAUUACUACCACCUCUGAUGAAUUGAUGUCUUCAAGACAGACUGGUAUAAUUCUACCAGAGAUAAAUGAAGCUCCAAUGACACAGCUACAAACAUCUACAUAUGAUGUUAAUUCUACAGCCUCACAUAAUGUUACAAGUGCUGGAUGUGAAUUUCCUUUGAAAAAUUUUAUGAAUACGGUAUCAUCAAUUGAAUCAUGGAUGGCUAAUAGUUAUCUUCAAUCGAAUGUAAAUUAUCUUCAAAGUAAUCCGUUAUUACCUUUAUGUAAUUUUAAUCUCCCAAAGAAUUAUUUAAAUCCAGACGCCUGCCUUAAUAAUGCCGACAUAAGGAAUCCAGCUUCAAAUGAUUCUGUAAAUCCCACGGAUCUUAGCAUUUCAUCCUGGUAUCAUAACAAGAAUAAUAGAAGUGAAGAUGCUGACACAUCUUGUCAUUCAAAACAAUCAUCACCUUCAUCAUCCCCGUCUUUAUUAUCUGUACCAGUUGCAAUGUCUCAAUCAUCUGUGAAUAAUACAUCUACUAUUACCUCAACGAUCAAUAAUUCUCCAGCUGACAUCCUACUGACCACCACAACACCGGCAGCAGCAUCAACCCUUCCAUUGCAUUCAGUUCCACUAGCGGUGGUAAAUUCAAAUUUUGAGAAUAGACUGUCGUCUAACACAGAAUCAAUCCUAUCAAAUUUACAUAUGAAUAAAACUUCCGGAGGAAUUGAUGCUUCAGAUCUCGCCGAUCUUCUUGAAGUACAUCGUCGUAUUCUAAAAGAUAAUAAAGAUCCAAGUAAAAUUAUGGCAGCACUUAAUGCAGUGACAGCAAAUCUGUUAACACGUAUUGCAUAAGGAAAAACAAAAGAAAGAAAUAGAACAAACUUUUUUGAUCUUUCAAUUCAAGGUUCAAUUUUGCCAAAAUUUGAAUGAUCACUAGUCGUGAUAAAAACCUUCAUAGUAUUAUUGCUAAUAUAGACACAUUUUGUUUUCUGAUAAUUUAUUUCAGUUAUUUGAGUUAAAAUUUUAUUUAUUUAUUCCUUCUUCUUCAAUUGUUUAUAUCUAUCAAUCUAACUAUCUUUAUUCAUAUUCAAUGGUCGUUCAAUGUUCAAUAAUUUUUAGCAUCUAGUCUAUAUCGUAGUAAAAUAACUUUUCACUGUGUUAUCAGUGUUCAUGUGUACUUUUAAUUAAUUAAUUAAUUAGUUUUCUUUUCUCCUCUUUUAAACAUAUAUAAAAUUUACACCUAAUUUGAUAUUGUUAUUAGUUAACUCUUCAC